AUGCAGACCUCAAUACAUUACAUCGCUAGAACCCCAAAUUUAGAAAAAGAAAAGGCUUUCAUCACGGACUUUCCCGUGGAUCAUGUAGAAGGGGCGGUACGACAAAACACCAAAGCCGACCAUCGCCAGGUCCUGGUAAAUGCGAUUGAUCAACCAGAUAGGUUCACCCUUGAUGAACAUGGUUUUUGCUUCCUACGUGGUCGUCAGAUAAAUCUCGAUCCUGAGAAGGCUUGCCGGGAUAAAGAUUCCAUAGAGCAAGCUUACUGGUACGAAAUCGAGGCCAUUCUACAUGAGCAAUUCCCCCAAUACUCGAGGAUCGAAUGCUUUGAUACUACGGUAAGAAAGCGUGACCCAGAUUUCCCAGAAGUAGUUAGGGUGUACCGUGAGGAUCACGAACAGCCAUCGCCAGUGGUUCAUUGCGACUGGUCCAGCGUUGGAGCUUUGGACGUGCUCCGGUGGUGUUUCCCGGGAAACGAAAACUUCUGGGAAGGAAAGAGGUUUGACAUGCUCAACGUCUGGCGCCCUCUGAAGGCCCCAACCGACGACUGGCCACUUGCUCUAUGUGAUUACACUACAGUCGACACAGAGAAUGAUAUCCUGCUUGAAGACGCGAUCAGGCGAGAUCGUGUCGAGGAAAUCAGCUCCUUACACUAUAAUGAGAACCACAGAUGGUAUUAUCUGAAGGACCAAGGAGUCGAUGAUCUGCUGGUUUUCCGCAAUGCCGACUCGCAUGGAGAGAAAGCA